CAGUCUUUCAUUUACACCACGGACAUGACGGAUACAUAACGUGUAUCGUGCGCUUUACUUGCUACAAAAAGUGACAAUAAUAUUUACAAAUUGCUAGCUAAGUUGUAGAAUAUUAAUUCGUAAAGUAACUAUGGAGAUCGGUAACAACGAGAUGAGCAAUAAGAUAAGGUCUGCAAUUAAGGCCAAACUUGUGGAUCUGGGAUCAUAUGUUGAUGAUGAGCUGCCAGAUUACAUCAUGGUCAUGGUUGCCAACAAGAAAUCACAGACCCAGAUGACUGAUGAUCUGUCCCUAUUUCUUGGAAACAACACUGUGACCUUUACAUCCUGGUUGCACAGCAUACUGGAUAAGCUGACAAAGCCCUCCCCGGAUCCCAAGCCCAAGAAAGCCAAAGAGCAUGCUGCCAAGAGUAAGAAGGCAAAAGAAAAGAAGUCUGUCGCUUCUAGUCAGAUGCAACCCAAGAGAAGUGAUGUCCAGCAAGUGCCAAUCCAAUCAGACAACACCUUGGCAGCAAGCUCCAGUGCUGCCCUAUCAACUGCUGUGCAGGAGACACCGGUGGCGACUGUAAAAGUUGGUAAACCGGAUCCCUCCCAGGACGUCAUUUCCUUGAAGCCAGAAACUAACGACUUUCUGGAUGAGGAGUUGGCACAAGAGGCAAUGGUCUCUGAGGUGAGCAAGAAACAGUCGGCAGUGGUCCCGCCCAUUGCUUCAGUCAAGGAGAAGUCCUCAUUCCGCAUUGAGAAGAGCAAGGUGUCUCAAAGAGAACCCAAGGACAAGAAAUCCCCAGUGUCACCCAGUGCUCCUGUGAGGGUGAAAGUUUCUCCAACUUUGCCAACGGCCUCCCGUAAACGCAAGGCUCCGGGCUCUGUGAUUGGCCAAGUUCUAAAUGUAGAAGACGAGGACAGUGAUGAGCCUGCCAGCUUUGGCAAGAAGGUUGCCAGCACCGUGCUGCCCCAGAGGAGACCAACUCUUCCAGUGGCUAAGCAGGCUAACACCUCCUUGCUGAAGAAGGCUGUCUCUGCCGCUGAAGCUUCAACCAAUCAAGCUCUGACUGCAAAACUGCAACAGAAGGCACUCAAGAUGGCUCCCAGACGCUUCAAGAUAAUCAGGAAGCAGCAGCAAUCGCCUAAAAAGAGGAACCUUCUCCUGAAGGCAGUCCAGGAAGCUAAGGAGAGUCUGUCUGUCCCCAGGCAGCCCCAGGGACAUGCUGGGUCUGCCCAUCAGAGAGUCCAGGUGGAGAUGCCUAUGACGGGACUGGUGUCGCGCUCCCGCAUCAUGGAGCUAACUGAGCGAGACUAUGACGCGCAGGAUUUCAUCACGGUGACGGCGGAUCCUGCAACAACCUCGCAGCAGAUCGAAGAGUAUUACGCUGAUGACGAAGAACAAGAUGAAACCGAGAGUCCAGACUCUAGACAGAUAUGCCUGUCAUCAGGGACCAAAACUGAACUUGUCUACGUGGUUGAGGAUGACAAUGCCGACCAGCGGGUUGCUGAACCAGUGUACACUCCGACCCCACUGACCUCCUGCCAAAGUGAAGCGUCUGCGAGACCAGUCAGUCCCAAGUUCAUUGUGACUCUAGAGGGCGCCACCCAUUCAAAGGCCAAGACCAAGCAGCGAAAGUCAGCGAGAGUUGCACCCCGUCUCUCCUUCACGCGAACGGUAGAUAACAGCAUGAUGUACGCUGACUUUGUUGAACUCCAGCAGCAACAGCAGCAGCAACAGCAACAGCGGCAGCAGGAAGAGGAAGAACUGGCCCGACUGCAACAAGAGGAGCUGGCUUUGCAGCAAGAGAUCAUACUGCAGCAAAGAAAACAACAGUUGCUGCAGCAGCAGCAGCAACAGCAAGCCACUGAUGAAUACCUCUGUGGAGACAGCCGUCUGACAUUUGUUACACGGAAGCCCCAUCUGGACGAAGUAGAAGAAAUGCAGUUUACACUCGAAGAGCCGUUUCAAGAGGAGGACCCCAGUCCAACAAAGAAGGAAAAAUCCACGGCUGAGCGUUGUAUGUUCUGGCCAGCAUGUAAGAACGGCAGUGACUGUCUGUAUGUCCAUCCUACCACACCAUGCAGGACCUUUCCCAACUGCAAGUUUGGAGACAAGUGUUUGUUCAUCCAUCCCAACUGCAAGUACGAUUCUCGAUGCAGCCGACCCAACUGUCCGUACACUCAUGCAACCAGGAAACAGAGCCACCCAACAGCGGUCAGUCCUCCUGCAGUUUUUGUACCACCCACUCAAGGUACAGGGUCAUCCCACGUGCCCCACAAGGUGUCCAAAGUGUGCAGAUUUCAUCCAAACUGCUCAAAUGCCCAGUGCCCAUUUCUCCAUCCCAAGAUGUGUAACUUUGGACGGGGCUGCACUCGUGCUGGCUGUUCAUUCACUCAUCCUCAAGUCGCGACAGGAGCGGCACUCAAGUGGUCCAAGCAGACACAUAUCAGUGACAGACCAUUCGUUGCGAAGGAUUCAUCAAAAUAGCCGAUGUUUGGUUUCAGCCGCAGCAAGUGGUUUGGUUGCGAUGUUGUUUCAAUAUUUUAAUGAGUUUUGGAAUUUGUAUUUGGUAUUUAUGUUAUUUUUACGUUUCACAAUUGUAGCUACACGUAUCACAUUUGAUAUUUGUAUCUUGAUACUGCACACUACAUUGUGAUAUAUCCUGUACAUUUCUAGUGCGCUUUGUAUUAAAUCAGUUUCUUAUCGCAGUAAUCAGUGAUUAUAUAUUUUCUAUUUCCUAGAAAAGGGCUGGUUGAAAAAUAAUUUGAAAAGUGAUUAAAACAGCUGCAAACUGCUUAGCCUACUGACUGAAUGGAGCUAAAUUGAAGAAAUCUAAAAGUUGGACCAUGCUUAACGAUUCGAUCCUGACAAAUGUAGCAGGUUUGAAAUAUUAGGCCCUCUUAAUUUUUUUUUUUUUUCAAAACAAAAAUGUUGCUUGAAUUCGUGAAAUGUACUUGCGAGAGAAAAUUACCUUAAUAUCCAAUCUUUGUAGGUCUUUGGCUUUCUAAAAGUUGUUCGAGGGCUUUUCUGUAAAAAAUAAAGUUUGCUCGAAUUCGUGAACUGCACCUGUGGGUGAGAAAUGAAAAGAAGUCUAUCGUAGGUAAGGUAUGGGCUCCGUGCGCGGACAAAGAGGGCGCCCUUUUACCUAGCAACGACGUCCCAUGUGCGGGACAUUUUGCU